CCUCACACCGGUCGGUCUCGGCCCGGGGCGGCCCCGCCGCAGUGCGCAUGAGCGGGUCGGCGGCGGAAGGCAGGGCCCGCGAGGAGGAGCCCCGGGAGCCGCCGCCGCCGCCGCCGCCACCGACCCUCCUCCCGCCUCCUCAGUGUCCGCCUCAGCCGGCCCGGGAGGGGAGAGAGGCCCGCGCGCAGCCCCCACCAUGAACAAGCUGAAGUCAUCACAGAAAGAUAAAGUUCGGCAGUUUAUGAUCUUCACACAGUCCAGCGAAAAGACCGCAGUGAAUUGCCUGUCUCAGAAUGACUGGAAGCUAGAUGUUGCAACAGAUAACUUUUUCCAAAAUCCUGAACUGUAUAUACGAGAAAAUGUUAAAGGAUCAUUGGACAGAAAGAAGUUAGAACAGCUAUAUAAUAGAUAUAAAGAUCCUCAAGAUGAGAAUAAAAUUGGCAUAGAUGGCAUACAGCAGUUUUGUGAUGACCUUGCACUUGACCCUGCCAGUAUUAGUGUAUUGAUCAUUGCCUGGAAGUUCAGAGCUGCGACGCAAUGUGAAUUUUUAAAAACGGAAUUCAUGGAUGGGAUGACAGAACUAGGAUGUGACAGCAUAGAAAAACUAAAGGCCCAGCUUCCAAAAAUGGAACAAGAAUUGAAAGAGCCAGGAAGAUUUAAGGAUUUUUAUCAGUUUACCUUCAACUUCGCAAAGAAUCCGGGACAAAAAGGUUUAGACUUAGAAAUGGCCAUCGCCUACUGGAAUUUAGUACUUCAUGGACGAUUUAAAUUCCUAGACUUGUGGAACAAAUUUUUAUUGGAACAUCAUAAAAGAUCUAUACCAAAGGACACUUGGAACCUUCUUCUAGACUUCAGCGCGAUGAUCGCAGAUGAUAUGUCGAAUUAUGACGAGGAAGGGGCAUGGCCUGUUCUUAUUGACGACUUCGUGGAAUUUGCACGCCCUCAAAUUGCUGGAAUAAAAAGUACGACAGUGUAGUGCUAAAUGAACCUUCUAGAAUGUACAUAGUCUGUACAAAAUAAACAACAUGGGGGAAAAUUUCACAGUCAAUUUCUGCUGACUGACUGAACAGGACUGAAGACCAAUCCUCAAGAAAUAAAGGCUGGGGGUUGAGUCAAACCUUUAAGGAUCUACUUUGGACCAUAUCAGACGAUGGGUGGUUUGGGCUUCUCAUCUAGCCUGGGCCAGCCUUGCCCAUUUGAAAACUCCAGCAUUGUGGAUAUCAUUCUUUUUCUUUUUUAAAAAAUGAAGCACCCUAAUCCUUUCCAUAAAUCUUUAAAUGCUUUUUGGAUUUUUUUUUUAAUUUCUUGUUCCUCCUAAAGGCACAUGCUGUCUUCACCAAGCAAAAUCUUUUGGCGUAAUAAUUUCACAGAUCAGCAUCGCAAUCUGUUUCAGAAAAGCUUCAAGUAGCACACCCUUGGGCUAGCUGCAAAGACUUUGCCGAGAAUAUCCUAAAAGAGUGAUUCGUUGGAUCUGGUUCCGUACGGUCCGUUCACAGCUAUUGUCUAUGUGAGUGGCAAGGGGUUUCUUUGCUUUGUUCUAAAGCAAAUGUCAAAAAUACCCUGGCAAAAGGUCUGGGCUUUUCUGCCCACCAAUAUCGGGCUAUCCAGCUAUGUAGGUGAUUGACUGAAGUUCUGUUGUGUCUAACAGUGAACGCUGCUGAAACGCAGGACAGAUACGGCGCUCAACAGUAUCCAUAUUUUAAUAAUCUAGUCGGAAACACUGGGUGCCUAAUGUUGAAAGGUGAACCAUCCUUUAGGGCCCUGAUCCUCAGUAGCUGGGCCAUGUGAAUCUUGCUAAGUCUCUGCCUCUUGCUUCUUGCUGUCCCCCCUGCCAACACUCGGUGACUUCCCUUGUCUGCCAGCACUCCAGCCUUGACCACCGCGUUUCUUUGCAAUGCCAUGCAUGCAGAGAGAAAGAGGCAGGGCCUGGAAUACCUGUGCCCCCCUAAAUUAGUGAUACCCUCUCCACCACCACGCCCUCAGUAGACUGUCUUGCAGCUAACUUGGAUGACACCAUUCCAGGGCGGCAGGGGUGUCCACCUUCUUCAGGGAAUUGGGGCACUUACCAUUACCCCUCAAUCCUUGGGGCGAAGUAUCAUGGGUCAUGUUAUUUCUAACUUCCAAGAGUGGGGCCGGGUUUUCUGAUAGAAAGACCAGCAGGAUUCAUCCUAGAAUGUGGGUGAUAAGUUGCUCACAACUGCUCUUAGUUACCCAAUAAAUUUUUUUGUAGCAUCUCUUUGUCCAGGAAAUCUUUCCCGCCCCCAUUAACUUCUACUGAAAUGUUAAAACUUGAAUACAGUACUGAAUUUAUAAUGUUUGCUACACAAUACAUAGAAUCCUUGAUUAGGGCCAACAGAGGUUUUUGAUCGUGGGUAUAACAAUGAGUGUGAUAUGCAUUUUCUUCUAUACUUGAUGGUUUGAGCCAUUAAUACAAAAUUCUUAUGAUGUUAGCGGUACUGACAUUAUGGUCCACGUCCUUCAUCGGUGACAGGCAACUUACCAUAUUAACCGCAAAUCGCUGUGGUUGUCAAAACAGAGGGAUCCCUACUCCGAGCAAAAGUUCUGCCAGGCUCUAGCACAUAGACACCUUGAGCAAGCAGGAACGCCUCAAUUCAUUUUUGCAAUCGUGGCCACAGAAAUCCCUGCGCGAGGUUAUUGCUCGCACAAGAGCUCUCCUGCUUAAGUGAAGCCUUUGUGUGAGCUCCAGAGUUGCUGGGUUCACAAGUUUAUCUUUCCCAAGCAAGUACAUAGUAUAACUAGCAUAAUCCGGCCAAAUAGGUUAAGCACUAUUAGUGGGAGAGUCUUAAGUGUAUCGUUGACUCUUUAGUGGUGCUUAACUUUGGCUGGGUCAGGCGAAAGAAAUGUUUUGCUUAACCAUGGUGGAGAAACUGGGAGUGCGCUUUGGGCUCAUGAACCCCUCUUCCCUUUUAGCCAUGUGUAGCAAUCCCAUCUCCCCAAUGCUUUUAAGAUAAGAGUUUGAAACUUAAGUGAAGGAGCUAGUUUGCAUACCUUGGUUAAAGUUGACUACAGUAUUGAUCUUGGUUCAAGUGCCACACUAAACAUGGUUAAUAAAAGGAAUGGGGAGAGAUCUGGAAUGGGAGAGAGUUAGUGGGAACCCCUGGGAUCUCCCAGUCUUCCCCAGUGCCUAAGCAAUGGGGAAACUUUUGCAUCUGAACUGGGCUCCACUGCACUUCAUCUGCUUCUACACUUGUGUCCAGGUCACAGAGUCUGGCUUUUCCUUUUGAGCCACGGCUUCAGUCCUUGUGUUUUUACAUGGCAAAAGCAGCACUUGAAACGCCUUCUGGCUAUAAUGUCAUGUAACUUCACGAGCGAUACUAAGCUGUUUUCUGGAAAUCAUUUCGCAGAGGAAACAUGAGUUGUUUUCCCCAUCCGAUAUUAGAAGUCCUUUUCUAAUCUUUAAAAAAAGGAAAAGUUCAGGCUUGGCAUAUUGUGUCCUAUCUCAUUUAUCCAUAAAAUUAGAAAGAAAGAAAGAAAACGCUUAUGCACAUGCUAAAUAAUUUUAGGGAAAAUACUUGAGUAUUAAAUUGCUUUAUCUUUUUUAAAACCUGUAUGAAGUUGUGAGAAAGGGGCUUCCCUUUUUCCCAGCUGUGCCCUUUUGGUAAAGCUCAGUCUUGUGUUAAUUUAAGAAAAGCAUUAGAUAAAAAUUGGGAAUCCCUUCUUCAGAAGCCAGAGUUGGCAAAGUCAAAUAUAUUGCUUUACUGCUUGCAUUGUUUCUUUUCUCUCUCUCGUGUAAAUAUCAGUGGAGACUUGAAUUAUGAAAACUACAAGGUGUGUGUGCUGUUUUCGGUCUUAAGAAAAUUUGGGUACAGUUUUUUCAGAAUGAGUCAUUGAUGUAUGUAUGCUGUGUAUUUUUUGUGUUUUGGUGUUCUUUUUUUUUCAAAUGAGAUGUACUUAACUCUGUCCCUGUGGAGAAGGUUGGGGCAUAAAUGCUGUGCUGUUUUUUGUUUCUUUUUAAAGAUAAUUCCUUUUGCAAUGUUGAGGCCUUUUCAACAAAAUGGAUUUUGCCAUCAGUUUGGUACUACACAAUUUAUAAUUACUGUGUAAUUAUAAAACUGCAUUACAUAAAGCAUUGCUGUCUUAAGUAGCAGAGAAACUAAGGUUAUUUGUGUGAUCGCCUCUCUGAAUUUUAAGAAGAGUGUUCAGUUCAACAGGCACAAACUGGUCAAAUUUUCUUUUCAGUGGGAAGUGUGCUAUCAAAUCAGCGCUUGGUUGGAUUGUGUCCAGUGGCAAGAGAUGUUUGGCUUAUUGUUGGCUUGCUUCUGAAUGUAAAUGCCCAGCUCUUCGAGAGACUGAAAAAUGCCCAAACUUUAUGCCCAUUUGUAUGUGUGUGUUGAUUUUUUUUAAAAAAAUUAAAAGUUGUGAACCUUU